AUGGGGAAAAAAGCAAAAUGGUUUUCUAGCGUUAAGAAAGCUUUCAGCCCAGAUUCAAAGAAGUCCAAACACAAAUCCCCCGAGAGCCCAAAUGGUGUGAUCUCCAACGCUCCUUUGGCGGAUAACUCCAGACAAUCUUCUUCUCCUCCUUCUGCUCCUCCUCCUCCUCUUGAGGUGAGAGUAGCUGAAGUGAUUGUUGAAAGGAACAGGAAUCUUUCCCCUCCUUCGACAGAUGUUGCAAAUGCUACAGCGACCGAUAUUCCUCUAGUUCUUCCAUCUUCAUCUGCUCCUGUGGUUACUCGUCGUGCUACAGCCACUCGGUUUGCCGGAAAGUCAAAUGAGGAAGGGGCUGCAAUCUUAAUUCAGACUAUAUUCAGAGGCUAUUUGGCGAGAAGAGCACUGCGGGCAAUGAGGGGUUUGGUCAGACUUAAGUUAUUGAUGGAAGGAUCUGUUGUUAAACGGCAAGCUGCAAAUACUCUGAAAUGUAUGCAGACUCUCUCUCGUGUACAGUCACAGAUCCGAGCUAGGAGAAUCAGGAUGUCAGAAGAGAAUCAAGCUCGCCAGAAACAACUCCUUCAGAAGCAUGCCAAAGAGAUAGCUGGCUUGAAGAACGGGGAUAACUGGAAUGAUAGCAUUCAGUCGAAGGAAAAAGUUGAAGCGAAUCUGCUGAGCAAGUACGAGGCAACGAUGAGAAGGGAAAGGGCAUUGGCUUAUGCAUACUCGCAUCAGCAAAACUGGAAGAACAAUUCGAAAUCUGCAAACCCAAUGUUCAUGGAUCCAAGCAACCCGACAUGGGGUUGGAGCUGGUUAGAGAGAUGGAUGGCUGGUCGGCCAUUAGAGAGCUCCGAGAAAGAACAGAACAACGACAAUGGAUCAGUCAAGAGCUCUCUUAACCGUAACGAAGCCACAAAAUCUGCAGUCCGCAGUAACUCAACUCAGCCAAACACUCCAUCUUCCGCAAGAGGCACUCCAAGAAACAAAAACGGUUUCUUCUCUCCUCCAACUCCCUCAAGGCUAAACCAGUCCGCCAGGAAAUCAAACGACGACGACGCCAAAAGCACAAUCUCGGUCCUGUCCGAGAGAAACCGUAGACACAGCAUCGGUGGCUCGUCAGUCAGAGACGACGAGAGCCUCGCUGGCUCACCGGCUCUCCCGAGCUACAUGGUGCCAACUAAAUCAGCUAGAGCCAGGCUCAAGCCGCAGAGUCCACUAAGUGGUACCACACAGGAAAACGAUGGGUUUGCGGACAAGGCAUCGGCCAAGAAACGUCUCGCUUAUCCGACUUCACCUGCAUUGCCUAAACCGCAGCGGCGGUUCUCAGCUCCUCCUAAAGUGGAGAGUGGCGGCGUCGCCGUUACCAACGGAGGAGGCAGCUGA